CUAGGACUACAACUACCAACAUGCAUCGCGAGGCGACUCUAAAUGUCGACAAUUUAUCUAUUUUUUAAAUUGUUAAUUUUACAGAUAUCUUUAACGUGGUUUAACAUAGGGCGGGCAGGCGGCUUUUUAAAAAAAAUGUCUAGUUUUUGAUUGAAUGGUGUUCCGUUUCGUGUUGUGUUUGUGUUUCCUGGUUUGUGGGGUCGCGAAGCCCAGCUGGCUGGAUUGCAAGAGGGAGAGACAUUCGUGCAAACCCGGAGAAAACAGCCUCUGGAUCACAAUUAUACCAAUUAAAUAAACACGGGCAUUGCCCGGGAUUAAAUCGAGAGGGUCUGUUAAAACGAAUUAAAAUGGCAGACCCGAAGGGAUCUAAAUAUACAUAAAUAUAUAUAUAUAUAUAUAUAUCUUCAAUCAGACUGGGGCUGCGCCAGUUUGCAAACCUGGCAGUGUUGUCAAAUUUAUUUAUUCAUUUCUUAGUUAGAAAAAAAAGAAAUCCGAGGACGGAACAAUCAUUUUCAAGUGUUACACUUUUUUUUUUAAAGAAAGCAAAUCAGGGAUCGGAUUUUAUUUUUUAACACCAAUGCAAUCGUUUCAAUCAUAUCUGUAGUACCUAUAUUUUUUUGUUGAAAAUACUACUUUGCAGAAACGCGAUUAAAAAAAAAAUAGGUUGCCUUUGAUUUGUCUAGUGUACACAAAGUGAAGCCCCAAAAUAUUUAACCCGUAUAGCAAUUGGAUUUAACGUUGUGGGUUAACGCUUCAGUUUUUGAGUAAAUACAAUCUGUCUUAAAAAUUACGGGACGUUUAACCCUACCUCGCUCCAUUCUGGGACAGUAAUAAUAUAGUAUAUUAUUUAAAUAUUUUUGGACCUGAAACUGAACCAAGCGUUCGAGGAGGAGUCUUGUGUAUUAUUAUUAUUAUUAUUAUUAUUAUUAUUAUUAUUAUUUCGUUUUAUCUUUGACGUUUUUAAUUGAAGUUCUUGGUUUUUGUGAUCGCUCCGGAGAGAUGAAGAAGUUUUUCGAUUCACGCCGAGAGUUGGUAGGGUCGGGCCCCGGCUCCGGAGCUGGCGGCGGGGGAGGCAGCGGUUCAAGCUCCGGGGGCAGUUACAUCGGAAGAGUGUUCGCCGUCGGACGGCUUCAGGUCACGGUGGAAGAAACCCUGGCUGAAGGUGGAUUUGCCAUCGUGUUCCUCGUGCGAACUCACCAGGGCGUGCGCUGUGCCCUGAAGAGGAUGUACGUGAACAACGAACACGACCUGCAAGUGUGCAAGCAGGAGAUUCAGAUCAUGAGGGAUCUUGUGGGCCAUCGGAACAUCGUGGGCUUCCUGGACUCCAGCGUCACGCCUGUGGGAGCGGGGGACGUGUGGGAGGUGCUCAUCGUCAUGGAUUACUGCCGGGGGGGUCAGGUUGUAAACCUGAUGAACCAGCGUCUCCAGACUGGCUUCACAGAGACGGAGGUGCUGCAGAUUUUCUGUGAUACGUGUGAGGCCGUGGCGCGGCUCCACCAGUGCAAGACUCCCAUCAUCCACCGUGACCUCAAGGUAGAAAACAUCCUGCUCCAUGACCGGGGUCAUUAUGUUCUGUGUGAUUUCGGCAGCGCCACCAACAAAUACCAGAACCCACAAAGUGAGGGGGUGACGACGGUGGAGGACGAGAUCAAGAAGUACACCACCCUGUCUUACCGCGCUCCCGAGAUGGUGAACCUGUACAGCGGGCACAUCAUCACUACCAAGGCAGAUAUCUGGGCGAUGGGCUGCCUCCUCUACAAGCUCUGCUUCUUCACCCUGCCCUUCGGGGAAAGCCAGGUGGCCAUCUGUGACGGCAGCUUCACCAUCCCUGACAACUCUCGCUACUCCCCCGACAUGCACUGCCUGAUCCGUUACAUGCUGGAGCCUGAUCCUGACCAGCGCCCUGAUAUCUACCAGGUCUCGUACUUCGCCUUCAAGCUGGCCAGGAAGGAAUGCUCCGUGCAGAACGUGCAGAACUCUCCAAUCCCAGCCAAGCUUCCUGAACCGGUCCGAGCCAGCGAGGCUGUAGCUAAGAAGAGCCAGACCAAAGCCAGGCUGACGGACCCCAUCCCCACCACUGAGACCUCCAUUGCCCCCCGGCAGCGUCCCAAAGCCGGGCAGACUCAGCCAAACGCAGUCGGCAUCCUGCCCAUCCAGCCAGCCCUCACCCCCCGCAAGAGAGCCAACGCUCCCCUGGUGCCCGCCCAGCAACAAGGUGUUACUCUGGCCGCUGCCCAGCCCGCCCCUGCUCCAGCUGUCCAAUCACAGAAGGCUCAAGCUCCCCAGGCUCCCACCCCCCAGCAGCAAGCCACACCCACCCAGACCCAGGCUCCUCCCACCCAGCCGCAAACCACGCCCUCUCAGUCUCAGGCCCCUCCCGCUCACCCCCAAGCCAUGCCUCAGCACCAGCAGCUCUUCCUGAAGCAGCAACAGGCAGCGUUCUUCAGUCAGCAGCAGCAACAGCAGGCUAUUCAGACACAGCAGCAGUACCAAGUCCUGCAGCAGGCGGCAGCCCAGCAGCAAAUGAUGCAGCAGCAGAUGAUGCAGAACUUCUACCUGCAACAGCAGCAGCAGGCGCAACUAAUGGCACAGCAGGCAGCCAUGCAGCAGAAGGCUGCAGCAGUGGUGCAGUUAAAGCAGCAGCAACAGCAGCCUCCUCCUCAACAGGCAACGCAGCAAGCAGCACCCGCGCAGCUCCCCAUGCAACAGCAGCAGCAGUCUCAAGCUGCCAUGCAGCACAAGCAGCCGUCCCCACCGCAGCAAACACAGCCCGCUGCAGUGCCAGAGGAGACGGUGUUGCCCCAAGGCAGGGCUCGCCCGGUGCAGAAAGUGGGGUCCCUCACCCCCCCCUCCUCCCCCAAGACCCAGCGGGGGGGUCACCGGCGCAUCGUGAGUGAUGUCACACACAGCGCGGUGUUCGGCGUGCCGGUCAGCAAGUCCACACAGCUGCUGCAGGCUGCCGCGGCCGAGGCCGGACUCAACAAGUCUAAGUCUGCCAGCACCACUCCCUCUGGCUCUCCCCACUCCUCCCAGCAGAGUGUGUACCAGCCCCCCCCAGCCGCGGACCCCCCCUCCGCGGUGAGCACCCCCCCUGAAUCCUUGUCCUGGAACCCCUUCGGCAACGACAACUUCUCCAAACUCACCGCGGAGGAGCUUCUCAACAAGGACUUCGGCAAGCUCAGUGACAGCAAGGCUGCGGAGAGGCUCAGCACCUCCACUGAGAAUCUGAUCCCAGGCCUGCAGCCAGCCCCCACCCCGCCUGCCAACAACUUCGGGGCAAAGCCCUUCCCUCCCGGGGCAGGGGAGAGAUCUGGUGAUAUUCUUGGUUUGGAUUCCUGCCCUCCCCCUUCUCUGCUGGGUGUUCCAGACCCCUUCACCCCUCUGCCUCUCUGUGACACUCCAGAAAAGCUGAUUGAGGGACUCAAAUCCCCCGAGCCUCCCUUGCUGCUCCCUGACCUUUUACCUCUGGCUGACCCCUUCGGCAGCUCCACAGAGGGCUCCUACAACGGUAAAGUGGAUGCCAUGGUGGACUCUUUGAUUCCUGGUCUGGAAGCCCCCCAGGCUCAGAGGCUCCUCUCCCAGACUGACUCACUCUCCUCCCCCCUCACAGAUUCUCUGACUGGGGAGGACUCUCUGCUGGGCUGCUCUCUGCUUCCUCACCCCCCAGUUGCUCCCUCCGCUGCCCCUGGCUCUAGCGCCCCCGCCCCUGCCCCUGCCCCUACUCAAGCCCCUGGCUCCAGCUCUGGCCUUGGCCUCGGCCUGGAUGAAUUCGCAUCCGUGUCUCUCUCUGCUCCGCUUCAGUCUGACUCCACGAACCUGAUUUCAGGGUUUGAGCUUCUUCCUGAAAGCUCUGGGAUAGUGAAGGAGGAUGAGUUUGAUCCCAUCCCAGUGCUCAUCUCUAAAAACUCCUCCCAAGGUGGUCAUUCACGCAACAGCAGCGGCAGCUCGGAGUCCAGCCUGCCAACCCUGGCGUGCUCUCUGCUCCUCGUGGACCAGCUGAUCGACCUGUAAGGGGGGGAGGGUGGAGGAGGGUGACUCGUCUCUCCUCCGCCUCCUCCUCCUCCUCCUCAUCCCUGCGGAGUCCGCUCUUCUUCUUCCUCUUCCUCUUCUCGGCACGCCAGGACUCCCUCCCGCUGACUCUCCGCAUGGCCUGCACAGAUCCCCUUGUCUCCGCACCCGGAACCGUUGAGACCCAAAUGAUCAGGAGCGCGACGGCAAUCCGAGCGGUCUAAAGAAGGAUCGCUGUGAUUCACUCCCCACCCUCCCCCCCCCCCCCCCCCCUGUCUCUAUCGCCAAGGAUAAUAAAUUCAUCUGCAAGCGUUUCCGCUAGACUACCAGUAGAGACGCUUGUCGUUUUGAAUUCGUCACAUUUAUUUAUAAGGAGAGAUGCUGAUUCCUCAAUUCUCCUCCUGGUCAUUUCAGUUGUAUCAUUUAGGGGAGUUCUGAAACCCAGUACUAGUUUGUAACCCUGGUCUCUCUUGGAGUCUAGUGGGUCCUCACACUCAUAUGAGCCAUCCACUCACCUUGUCUGCCUCUCCUUUGUUAACUGCAGUGAGCUUGGUUUUAGCCUUGACUGAACACAAGUGGAGUUCUACCUUGACUUUGGGGAGCCCCGGGAGGGGGCUAGAGUCCGUUCUGGUCAGAUCUGUAGCAAUCUCAUGAAGUUCUGUUGACAUCUUACUCCUAAAUCUGUGAACAUCUCCUGCUGUACCAUUCCCAGUUUCCUGUUCUGUUGUGGCUUCUCUGUUAGUCUUACUGUUCUCGCCUUGAUGGCAAUCUUCUAGGGCAGUGGCCCUCAUCGGCCAAUCACCUGACCACAAGCUUCUGAUUUGGUCUGUUUAAAAAAAAUAAUCUGUUUCCAUUGGCUAGCUGACACUCUGAGUCAAGCCAAUAAGAAAGUCGAGUAAGCAAAUGUUUUGGCCAAUGAAUUUAGUUUAAUGCAAGUCUUGUUUCACCAGUGAAGGCAUUUUCCAAAGCAUUUGUCUACUUGAGUUUUGUAGGGAUGGAAGAACUGGUCAGAACAUGGCAAGUUACAGUAGCUGCUCAAUGGAAAAGCAUUGCCCUACAAUUGUCAAGGCUUGGUGUUUCCUGAUCUGUUGGGACUACAUUACCCACAUCCCCCCACUAGUCCCUUACCAUUCCUACAAUACCCACAUUCCCUUUCUCUCACAUUCCCACAUUACCCAUAACCCUCUCUGCCCAUUCCACCAUAUACAUUUUCCCGUUCUCUUUCUCUCUCUCUCUCUCUCUCUCUGCCCCCAAAUCGCCAGUGCAUCAUUCUCUCGUUGUUUCAUUUUGUGUUUCUAAACCAAACAAUUGCUUGAAACAAAACCCAUAGUGGUGUUCAUGUUGUCCGUUUUUGCUUUUGACAUGUCCAGUUGGAGAUAUGCACGUGAACAAGCUUGUGUAAUCUUGCAGCGGUAAACGAUCUCUGUGCUGCGGGGCUUGUACUCUGAAGCAAAGCAUCUUCUGUGAGCAUGGGGGGGGGGGUCUAAACACGACAAUCUGUGUGCUUAAUGGAUCACUCAAAAAAAACUAUAAAAUACCCCUCAACAAGUUACAUUUUCAAUCCACGUAUUCUUAGCUUUGUAGGUUCUGCUUUGCGGAGUCACUAACACAGAGACUGGUCCAGUCUAGUUAAUGACCGGUUUCUGUAGACAGUAAGGUGUGUGUGUGCGGUAUCAGCUGGUAUUAAAUAAACCCAUUCCUUUGUUGAUAUUUCAAAACAAGACAAGCCGCCCUUUCCUUUACAAUUGGGUACCAGUCGAUUGGCGAUUUAACUUUCACGCUGAGUGUUAAGACGAUUUUGGAAGCAAGGUUUCCUCGUCUGCGGCAAUGACAUUUUUACUGCUGUAUCAAGGCAAGGAAAAUUGGCUUCCGUUCGGGUGAGGGAAGGACUGCUUUCUCGUUCUGAAAUCAGCACCUUAAUAAGUGAUUUGUUGAAUAGCUGUUCUGCUUUAGCAUUGAUAAGGGGCACAAUAAGCACGCAAGGUGGCAGUAUUCAGUGAAGUCCGAAGGGACGCGCAGACGACACUUUCAAAGGGAAAGAAAGGUGUCUCAAGUACUGGGUCGGUUCUGUUGUCCUGUACGGGUCGGACCGGGCUAGACCCAGUCCUGUGAUGGUAACAUUCCUUCAUGUUUAAUAUUUUAUUCUUUUUAAUAAGCGGACAGAAAGCACUUCAUCCCAAAAGCAGUCCUUUACCCUUGGUGUAUAAAUCAACGAUCCAGACUCCUGUUUUCCUUUUCAAAAUAAAUACAUACGUAAAUACUAAAUAACUGAAUGAAUAAAUAAAUAAAUGAAAAAUAAAUAACUAAAUAGUGUUAAGAAACUUUCAGCUCUCACAGUAAGAAUAAAUGUGAAUAUAUAGAUAGAAUGAAUGUAAGAAGUGAGUAUCAAUAUAUAUUAUAUAUUAUAGAUUUAAGACUUCUUUUUCUGUGACUUCUAGAGUGUAACAAUGGUGUUUCUUUUUUUUUAUGUCGCAUCUGUACCAAGUCUCUCUCUCUCUCUCUCUCUCUCUCUCUCUCUCUCUCUCUCUCUCUCUCUCUCUCUCUCUCUCUCUCUCUCUCUCUCUCUCUCUCUCUCUCUCUCUCUCUCUGUUUGGGGGGGGGGGGCAGUGAUUUUGAAUUUGCAAAUGACUGGCCAGCAUACUGAUGCUUUUGUUUCAACUGCUGUAUAAAAUAUAAUUAUUUCCGAAGUAGGGGAGGGAGCGACCUGGAGUUUUUGAAAACCCAUUUAAUUCCAGACCCAUACAUUUAUUGCAUUCGGUCUCGUUUUCAAACCCGGGUUUCAUGGCAACAAACAUGUUGAGCUUUAAACUUUUAGCUGCUGUGUGUUGCUUUGUACUGUAGGAGGCGCUGUUGAGCUGGGUUGGUUCUGUGCGUUACUGCACAGUAACGACUGGGCUUCUCAAUUUAAGAUUGAUUCACCGCUUUUACAAAAAUCCUUGAAAUGACUUAAUUUCUUUGCAAUUUGAACUCCAAGGCUGUUAAAAUCCAUUUGUAGCUUGGCUUGGUGCUACUUUCAGAUUUUGAGAUGUUUUGGAGAACCGUGAACUCAAAGGAUUGUAAACCAAAUGGACGUGUUUCUGCUUGUGUUUAAUGAUGGACUCAGUGGUUUCCAUCUUUGCAAAAGUUUUAAGAAUCCUUGCAAAUACAAUACAGCUUAACCUAAUCAAGACAGGUCAGGAUGAUUCUGCAAUUGCAGAGCUUGACAGCGCCCCCUACUGCCCUGAGCCAGUGUAUCGCUGUAUUUGAUCUGGUGGUUUUAACAAAUAAAUCUGAUAUUACAGUAAAAGUUCUCCAACAGGGCUGGGUUGAAUGAGAGGUGGUAGCUGGUUUGGUGUGGUUGGAAAGACUCAACAUUGCAGAGCAGUUUUGAGGCAUUGCAGUUAAUUUUAGAUUUGCCUUCUCUUAAACAGAUCUACGCAAAUGAAGCUCACGGCAAAAACCUGGGCUUGUCAAACUGCUUGGCAAUGGGCGUCUUUCUCCGUCUUGGCGUAAAUUAAGUGACUGUAGCCAUUCUCAGGCUCUGGCAUGGUUGCUGCCUCUUCCUGAGCUGUGGGUGGAGGUGUUUCAGGGAGCGUUGUGAGACUGUGGCACACCACCGUAGAUCACUGUACAGUUUAGCACAGCCCAGAUCUAUCCAUCUCCUUGUGUAUCCGGGAGGUGAGCCCCCUUGUGUUCUGCUGUUUUAUUUGCAAGGGGCUCCUGGAAGAGGCUCACUCAGACACGUGACGGUUACAUUGUAAAAGAUCUACAGUCCGCCUCUUAAAGAGCUUUGCAGUAUUUGGAUCUGCUCUGUAACUGUUUGUCGAAGAUCAUUUCUAAAUUCUAAACCCGAGCUUCUGUGUUUCCCCGCAGUCCUGCCUCGUUCUCGUCCUGAAACGCUGCCCGUCCGCAGGGAAACGAUGCUGUUCUCUUUAUGAUUUCAGUGUGUAGAACAGUCGUCCAUGUGCGUCACAGUUUCUGACGCUGCCCCCUUGUGGUGGGGUGAGGAUGAUGACGGGAGUUUUUAUUCCUGAUGUCCUCAAGUCUCGGUCAGAGGGCUUCACUCAGUCUGGGCGUCACUUAUCUGGGGUACCCAGUGUUUUCAAGUACGUUUACACUCUUCUGUAUUUCUGAGAGCCAGCUAAUUCAAUACAGUCUAGUGUAGAGAACUCAGUGCUGUACUGGGGAUCUGAGAGCCAGCUAAUUCAAUACAGUCUAGUAUAGAGAACUCGGUGCUGUACUGUGGAUCUGAGAGCCAGCUAAUUCAAUACAGUCUAGUAUAGAGAACUCAGUGCUGUACUGGGGAUCUGAGAGCCAGCUAAUUCAAUACAGUCUAGUGUAGAGAACUCAGUGCUGUACUGUGGAUCUGAGAGCCAGCUAAUUCAAUACAGUUUAGUAUAGAGAACUCAGUGCUGUACUGGGGAUCUGAGAGCCAGCUAAUUCAAUACAGUCUAGUAUAGAGAACUCAGUGCAGUACUGGGGAUCUGAGAGCCAGCUAAUUCAAUACAGUCUAGUGUAGAGAACUCAGUGCUGUACUGUGGAUCUGAGAGCCAGCUAAUUCAAUACAGUUUAGUAUAGAGAACUCAGUGCUGUACUGGGGAUCUGAGAGCCAGCUAAUUCAAUACAGUUAGUCUGACAGGCAGUUUAUUAAACCUAUAUAAGGAACAUCCAUGGAAAGGGGUUGGUUUUGAUUUCGUUUUUUGUUAACAGGCUGGAGUCCAUGCAGUGUUUUUUAUUUUAAAAUGAAGCGUUUGGGUUGGGUGGGUAUUUUACACGUUACAUUUCAAGCAGACGCAGACUUUAAAUCCAUCAGUUUGAAGGAAGAACCCAGAAUCCAGCCUCUCCCCUUUUUUUAAAAAGCUGCACUACGACUGGCUGCUCCAGAAUCACCCUGAUCCCUGUUAAAAAGAUCAUCUUUUCCUAGCCUUCACUUUCCACGUCUGUCCCAGCUGUUACUGCCGAGCGUACCACACCAACUCCAGCAGCCCACUCUCUGCUGCACAGCAGUGCACGGGGAGCACUGUGGUUCUUUGGAAGUAGAUUCAAAUAAUUCAAACACUAUAGCUGAAUGAUCUGUAGUAAUUAAAUGACUAGUGCAUCUGUGACCGUGUUAAAGAACGGCUUAUGGUCUGGAUGGAGGUUAAACGAUUCAGAAUAUGCUGUUAACACCUGUUAAUAUCGACCCCUUUCCUAGAUGGUUUUUGUGUAAAUGUAUAUGCGGCCAGACCUCCAUUAUCAGAACCAAGUGGGACCAGAGGGUGUUUGCAUAAUCGAAUUACAUCUGCAGUGUUUUUAUAAUGACUUUCCCAAUCCAAGAUAACUCCUGAAAAAGAUAUAGUACAAACCCCUUGGCCUUUCUAAAUCUGUAACAUGCAGCACUGCGCUGUGAUGUAGAUACCAGAGAUUGAGGGGGUAAAGGGAUAAAGAAGUCUUGCAAUGUCUCUGCCUCCCUCCCUAUUCUGUCUUGUCAUUCCCUCUUCUCUCAGCUGUACAGUGAGUUUCUAGCAGGUUUCUGUGUGGCUCACCUAUGCAAUCCUAGUGAUUUUUAUUAGACACCAUGCUGUUUGCAGUAGAGGUCUAGCCUUGCUGGUAGAUUUACUUACUCUUGUGUUGCUGUGACAGUGUUACCCAGUGUGUUUAAAAAUCCAGCAGUAACGCCCCUCCCUGGUGUGGAACAAUGUGUAAUUCAAUGUGUACCUUCUCUAUUUUUAUUAAACGACCAAAAAAGAAAAAAAAAAACCUUAAAUAAACAUGUACAUGUGAAUGUAAAAGCUGGUGUUGGUUUUGUGUGUUU